UGAGUCAGGAAUACCGUAGUUCUUUUACUGAUUCAGAAAACUAAAUGUAUUUGCCUUUACACGAUGUUUCUGAAACAAAAUAUUACUUUCGUAUUUCAGCAAAAGUGUGCUUCCUUACCGUUUCAGUACCAUUAGUUGCUUUCCUUUGUUGUGUGAUAAUAACGAUGGUUAAAGAUUUUGAAGAAGCGAAUAAUACACACUGUAAAGUGCCAAAUAUAUUUCCCUCAAUAUCAGCGUCUGUUGGUAACUUCGAACCCCAAAGUACGAUAUGGAAAACCGCAAUUUACAUACAUGCACCUCUCAGGUUUUACAUUAUAUCGUUGCGAUGGAAAUAUUAUAAAAAGGUUAUUAGAUCCGAAUGUUUAUUUUUAGUUAAUUUAGCUGUAACUCUAAAUGUGCUGGAAAACCUGUCCCUACUAGGCUUAACACACUGGACAUCUUCUAGCAAUUAUCCAUAUCAUGAAUCUUGUUUCAAAACAUUCAUUGGUGCAUCAGUAUUCUAUAUGCUAUUAACAUGCAUUAUGCUUUCAAAUUGUCGUCGGAGAUCUAAGUUAACAAAUAAAGAGAAAUACUCAGUUAAGUUGAAAUGGAGAGCUUUCUCUCUUAAUGUUACUUCAUUUGCAUGUGCAGCAAUAUUCUUUUUAAGGCACAAUAGAUUCUGUGAGCCUUAUGUCUACUCAAUGUUUGGUUUUUCGGAGUACAUAGUAGUUAUGAGCAACAUUUUAUUCCACUUAACAAGUGUGUACGAUCUUCAAAUAAAGUUCAUUUAUUUGACAAAAAGAGGCCUGAUAACUGAGUAAUAGUAGAUCGGGAAAGAGGAAAAGAUUAUGAGAAUAUACUACAUCAAAUAACUUCAAAUUGAAACUAUUGCAACUUUAAUUAGAAUAUAAUUUUAAUUUCAACAAUUAUAAUUAAUUACAAUAAUAGAAAACUUAUUCAAUAAUUAGCUUAUUCAAACCAAUGGUUGAAGGCUGUGAAAAAGGUUGCUAAAGUGCAAUUUACAUUUUUAAUAUGUGUUUAGAUUGUAGGGAAAUGUCACCAUGUUCUAGAAUAACAAUAUUUUAAUGGAAAACAAAGGAAAGAGUAAAUAUAUAAAUACUUUUACAAUGAGAAAACCUCAUUAUAAUAAGCUCAUUUCCUGUUUCAUUAACCAACACCUCGGCAUUUAAAUUUACUUGAAGUAACCUAUUCCUCUUGUUUUUUUAUAAAAUUUACGAAAGGAAAGCUGACAGUCCCCAAGAGAACAAUAGCCCAACAAUCCAAACUAAAAAAUAAAUAAAUUACAAACAAGAUGAGAAUAUUGUACUUUAAUACAAACUUCACUGUUUUUUCUUGAUUUAUUUGUAAAUUGAGUUUGACAUCAUUGGCAUUUUCUUUCAAAAGCAGCUGUCAAUUACUAACAAAAUGAUGCAGCAAUUAAUGUCGUACUCUUCCUAAACAGGCAUAGUACAAACAUCACAAUCACUGCAUAAAUGCAGCACCGCAGUGGUUUUGAACUGUUUAAUAUUUACUAACAUACGGUUGGUACGCCAGCCUGAGAAAUGACAAUUUUCUUUAGAAAAAAACAGCAAUUUAAUUUAAAAUAUUUCAUUGGUUCUUAAAUUUAUUCAUCUCAAAAAUUAGAUGUGUAUUGGAUUUAUGAAAUUUUGAAAUCAAUGAUAGAUAAUCAGCGGACUUAAUUUGUUGAUAAAUAAGUAUGGUAUCUAAUCUAACUUGAACUUAUUUCAGGAUUUUUAACAAAAAUGAAUCAUUCGAAAUGCCUUUAAAAGAACAUUAAAUUUAUUAAUUCAGAUCCGGUAUUAUAUUUAAUAAUAUUUGAUAUGAGCAGUUAUUAGUUUUAUAUUUAAAAAUAACAUAGUACAUACCUCUGUUCAAUUAAAAUGCUUUCUAGAAAAUGUAAAAUAUGAAAAUAAUCAUGUUACAAACUUAUUUAAAAGCAAAUUUAAAAAGAUUAAAAAAAAAAUAAGCUGUACUUAUUUGUAAAUUCAGUAUUUAUUUUUGGAUUUUAGCACCAUUUAGUUUUGAGUAAUAAAUUUUAAAUGCGUAUUUUACAUUUUAUGACCAUAAAUCUGUUUACUUUUAAUAGCCAUUAUUUAAUUUUAGCCAUGCCUAUUUCAGUCUUUGAUUACUUAUUGUAUAAAAAUUCGUUCACAAAUAUUGUGAAGUGCUAAAAAUAAAUAAUGGAUAAUAGAACUUCAAUGAUUAACAAGUGCAGAAUUUUUUUUCGAUUUCCGCGAGUCAUCGACAUGAUUAAAAUAAAAUUUAAUCAUUCUGAUAUUAUCAAUAUUUUUUUAUAUCAUUCCUACUGCUAUAUUAAAACGAUGGAUGAAUUAAGUUGAUUUUUGCCUAUUUUUAUUGAGAUACUUAAAUAUACAAAUGUACAUUUGAAUUAAUAUGACAUACAUUCAACUAAGACUGAAAUUGUGUUGUAGUUUGGGGAUGGUGAACUGAUGUCACCCGACUAUAUAUCGCACCUUUGGAAUCAUAGAAAUUCAUUUCCAAAUUUUUGAAUUUCAACUUUAAUUCAAAAAUGUACUUAGAACGACCCUUUUCAGCGACUACUAAUCAAAUGUCCAAAAGCAGCAUAAAAGGUACAAACUUAUCCAUCGGUCUCUUUCACUUUGUCCCCUUCCUCAACGUCUUUUCGGUUUGGAAACUUUAUUCGAUCUUUUCCAAAAAACACAUUUUUUGAGUUGGGUUUAUAAUUCUAAAGGUGCGAUAUGGUCACUGAACAAUUUUAGUUCAUAACUAAUUUCACUAUGAUGAAUUACGAACAAAAGCGAUUGAGCCGUAGCCGUAGACGAACGUAUAUAAUUAUGUCAAUUUUAAAGAUGAAUUUUAAUUCACUUAUAAAUUGAUUGCCGGUGACUAAUUCAGCGUACAUUCUGCUAAUUACAUGAAUACUUAGUUUAAAAUGUAAAUAAAAACGCAUGAAUAACAAAUGAAAGUAACAAUGUAUUUUUAUCAUGCUGAAAAUUGUCGAGAUAAAGCGAACUUUUAGGGUGCCAUUCCACCGGAGCGGAGAAACGGAGAAAUAUUAACCAAUAAGAUUGCACAAAAUCAUUUUGCAAUCUUUUGAUUUUGAUUUUGUGCAAUCUUAUUGGUUAAUAUUUCUCCGUUUCUCCGCUCCGCUCCGGUGGACAGGCAGCCUUAAAAUUGUAUUGUCGUAGAUCCAUGCGUGUGCAAAUUUUCAAAUUAAUCGCACGUCUUGAGAUCGGUGAAAAUAACGUUUAAAAAUUACAC